ACAAAAACUUAUAAUAGAACACAUAUAAAUAUCCCAAAAAGAAAUGUCAGCAAGAAAGUAACUCAUCCAUCAUCUGGAGUUUACACUUCACUAAAGUGUUAUAUCAAAUCUAACGAAUAUUUAGUAAGUUUUUCUUCAAAAUUUAACCUCAUUCUUUAUAAAAUAAGAACGUUAGGAGGAGAAAAUAUUGAAAAAUUUGGCGAUAUGAGUGGCGGUGAUAAUAAAGUU